UCACCGUUGUCUGGUCGUCCUGCCAUUACCGCGAGCGGCCCACGGUUUUAUUUCCUCCUUCCCAGAGUGUGGAGGGGAACAGCCGAUGGUUGCUGAUCGAGCAAAUUUAGGACGCGACUCUUCUGCGAGCUCGCUCUAUAUUUGCCAGGCGUCGUCAUGCGGCAGCCGCAGCGGUACGUGCAAGGACCUUGAGAGAGUGUUGAAUACAACACACAUAUAAGAGGAAGAGAAGAUGAAGAUGCGCAGAGGUGGCAGAGCCGAUUCCAGAAUGGAGAGGAAGACGGUGGAGAAGUAUAGGAGAAUGCACAUGAAGAGCUUGUGUCUCCAGCUCUCCUCGAUCAUCCCAAAAGAACACAGGACCACUUCAAAGAACGGACUGACACAGAAUGAUAGCCUGGAUCAAGCCACAUCUUACAUCAAGAAACUCGAGGAAAGGAUUGAAAACUUGAAGCAGAGAAGGCUCACUUGGGCCAUGACGGAAACAAAUGGUGUGACAGUAGGAUUUCAACUGCCAAUUCUCGAAGUAAGGCACCGGGACAUGGACUUGGAGAUUCUUCUGAUAAGUAGGGUGAGUAAGAGAUUCAUGUUCCAUGAAGUGAUCAAUGUUCUUGAGGAAGAGGGUGCAGACGUUGUUAAUGCUAGCUUCUCAACUGUGGGCGACAAGAUCUUCCACACAAUACAUUCAAAGGCUUUUAGCUCCAGAAUUGGCUUGGAGGCAUCGAGAGUGUCCGAGAGAUUGAAGGAUUUGGUUCAGUAAGCAUCUCAUGGAUUUGGUGGAGCAUCAUUGUCUAUUGGCAGAUGUGGAGAAAAUACACACCGGAGAGAACUCUUGUGUUGCUUGAUGCUGGAGGUGGUGGUGCUUGAAAUUGAGGUAAAGAGGACUAUGUAAAUUGGUCCAUGGAAGAACAGGGAGGAGCUUCUGGCGGUUGACACUUCCAGCUUUGAGCUUAGAGUAACAAAAACUGGAUGUAUCUCUUAUAUGGAUUCGAAUCCGAAACAUAUCAGCGAUGAGAUGAA